GCUAAAUAACUUCUUCCUGUUAACAUUGUUCGGAGAGAAGGACGAUGUUCUUUUGAACCUUGGAUAUUCCGUUUAAGACCCCAGCAUCGUGGUCGAACGACGGCCUUUAGCUUCCCGUCGCGCUGGCUUCCCGUGCUCCCAAACCCUAACCCUAACCCUGGGAGGAGGUUCUGAUCAGCCUUCGGAGGUCGAUCAUGGCGGCCGCGCAGCCGCGAGAGCUGACGCCGCCGCCAGUCAUUCGAAAAGCCGGUAGCUACACCGUCUUCCUGACCCCUCCGGCAACCCCGAAGCGCUCCGAGGGCCCGAGAGCUCCUGUCGCCAGCCCCAGCGCAAACCCUAGAAAGGCGGCUUCUUUGCCGCCCAAGGCUCAUUCCUCUCCUCCUCCUCCGGUUCAGGCCCCCCCUCCUAGUUUCGGGAAGCCGACCACCCGGUCGUCGACCUCCGCGUUUGGGUUCUUCUGGGACGCCAUUGCCAAAGUCCAAGAUGUGCAUUCGAGCUUGGAUGAGUACUUGGCGAAUUGGUUUGGACUGGACCAGUCGAAGUAUCAGUGGGCUUUGAACAAUUACUACGAGAACAAAGAAGUGGUAAAGGAAGGUGGCAAAGCAGGACGUGUUGGCAAACAGCAAGUUGUGUAAGCUCUUGUAUAACUUCAGGAUUAUUGAGUCCUUAUGACUACGUAUCUGAUACCAUGUGAUGAAAAUUCCAUCUGCAAUAAAUAAGUGCGGAAGCAGAGAGGACUUUGCCUAUCAGAAGCUGGGUCUGAUGUUCUCACUUCAGAUGCCAUGCUGACUUUGAUGAUUAUGGUGUGGCUUCUAAAUUGUGGAGGCUAUUAUUGCCAUUUAAAGUGUCACCAUCUGUAAAGUAAGCUGUUCGGUCAUCUGAGGAGCAGUGAGUUAUAGAUCAGAGUUUUGUUUUGAAUUUGUUGUGAUCUUCAGAUUAAAAAAAUGACAAACAUGCUUAUUUUCUUUUGCCCCGAGUCA